AAGAUUGUAUGUUGCAAAUUUUAUAAUUGAAUCUUAACAAAAUUAUUUUUGCUUUCUGCUUGGGCGGUAGUUAUGCAGACAUUCACAAAUUAUGAAUUGAGUCAAAUCAACUACACCAUAAGAAAUGAGGAAAUUACUGUUUCUUAUAACUUGCAGCAUAAUAUAUAAGAAUGUGAUUGUGGCAUUACGAAGAACAAAAGAACCUAAUAUUCAUUUAAGUGCUCCUAUUUAUGAUACGGGGCAUAAAGAUGUCAUGGAGAAAUUGGAUUCCAUGGAACAAAAGCUGGAUCAAAGAGCAGUUAUCCCGAACUCCGUAUAUCCAAAAUAUUUAAAUAAUAUAGACCAGGAAGUUGAGCUUCAACAUGAACGGUCGCAAGAACAAUUAGAUGAGGAACGUGACAAAAAUAUACAACAAUUGGAGCAUAAUAAAGAUGAAUAUGCCAAAAAAGCAGAAACUGCCGGAAGGUCUGAAGGAGCACUGAAAAAUUUAGCAGCGGACGGAUUGGAAAGUGCAGAUACAGAUCACGCCGAAGAAGAACUUGAAAGACAAGAAGAAAAUGAUCAACGUAAAUCCAUGGAAAAAGAAAAAUUGGAAGAAGAUAAAUCAGAACAACAACACAGGAACGAUGAUGAAGAAGAGGAAGAGAGUAAAACACAAUCAAAAUCUAUUAUAAAGCCCGAAGACAAACAACUUGAAGAUAUAGCUUCAGAGGCUUUUGAUGAUGCAGAGAAAACCCUUACCGAAUCCGACAAUCUGUCAAAACAAUUUGACUCAAAGGAAGAAAAUGAAAUUUUGACUUCGACAACGCAUUUAAAGGAAAAAAAUAAAGAGGCUUUAUUACAAAAAAACAAAAAACCAAGUGAAAAUAUGAAAAAUAAUACAUUUAAUCAUGCUGAAAACUCUUCUGAAGUCCUAGGAUUAUCAAAUAUGCCCUGUCCAUGCAUUCAAAAAAUGAUGGAGCAACCUUGUUUAAAAGAGAAUGCCAAUGAAAAUACUACCAUGAAUUCAGAAGAAUGUGAAAAAUCCGAAGAAAAAUUAAAAGCAUAUGAAACCUUAGAAAAAACAAAAGAUAAGGCAGAGUCGAUGCUUCAUCGUUCGGACAAGAAAUCAAACGUAAAUAUACAUGGGAGCGAAACGAAAGAAGAAGAUGAUGAAGAAGAGGAUAGUAGCCUUUAAAAUAUUGUCUAAAUUGAGCUUAACGUCAUUUGAUACCAAUAAUUCCAAGUGUACGAAAUUGUUGGAAACACCAACAAGUCCCUUAAUGCGCCUUUAAACUUGUAGCAUAAGCUCUUUUCCUAGUUUUACUAGUGUAAAAAAUAAAAAUUUAUUGACUCAUUGAUCAUAUAUACUUGAUAUAUGUUCUGUUCUCAUUUUUGAAAAAGAAUUGUACAAAAAUAGAUUA